GGAAGAUGGGCUGUGGGCCUAUAAAGCCAGCGGGGACCCAGCAGCCUUCAGCCCUCCGGGACCAGCUGCAUCGCAGGAGACCAGCCAGCAGGCCGCUGUGCUUCCACCAUGGCCCCGUGGAUGCCCCUCCUGCCCCUGCUGGCACUGCUGGCCCUCUGGGGACCCGAGCCAGCCCCGGCGUUUGUGAACCAGCACCUGUGCGGCCCCCACCUGGUGGAAGCCCUCUACCUGGUGUGCGGCGAGCGAGGUUUCUUCUACGCACCCAAGACCCGCCGGGAGGCGGAGGACCUGCAGGUGGGGCAGGUAGAGCUGGGUGGGGGCUCUAUCACGGGCAGCCUGCCGGCCUUGGAGGGUCCCCUGCAGAAGCGUGGCGUCGUGGAUCAGUGCUGCACCAGCAUCUGCUCCCUCUACCAGCUGCAGAACUACUGCAACUAGACUGGGCCCACAGGCCACCCCGUGCCCACUGCCACCUGCACCAGCACCUGCUCCCUCUGCCAGCUGGAGAACCGCAGCUAGUCGCGGCCCGCAGGCAGGCUCAAAUGCGGCCUGCACCCUCUGCACCUGCACCACGAGUGAUGGAAUAAAGCCUCGAACCAGC